AUGAACGUCUUGACCGUAGCGAACUUAAGCGCCGAUGGCACACCGCUGCUGCGUACUGGCGCGGGCGACGACGAGGAAUUCUUGCUGGCUAGCUUUACUAAUGUGGAGAUCCACGCUUCAUCUAGUGACGUAGGCGAGGACGACGACGGAGAGACGCAGACACUGGCACACAGUGGAUCUGUCGGUGCGCUGUUUGUGACCACAAGCCGCGUGCUCUGGCUGGGCGCAGCGAUGGGGACACAACUGGGCUACGCGUGGGAAAUGAGCUCCGUCACUCUGCACGCCAUCUCUAGAGACCCCGCAGCCUUCUCGAAGCCCUGUUUGUACUGCCAGAUCAGCAACCAGGACGUGUCGGAAAUUCGCUUCGUACCUGUCGACGACAAAACUCUACAAGAACUGUUUGAUGCCUUUAGCAAGUCGGCGGAGAUGAACCCAGAUGACGACGAGGAAGACGACGAUGGCUGGAUCUGGGACGAGGACGAGGUGGCCGAUGGAGCCCGAGCAGCUCAACUGGCUGCACACUUCGACUCGGUGUUGCAGGUCUCCCCAGGACUGGAGAACGGUGCGACAGAAGCAGGACAGUUUGACGACGCAGAUGAAGACAGCCUACUAUAA